CUAAUUUAGACAAGGAAGAAACAAUGUCUGUAGUAUUAUGCGAAAAGAUUAAUCAACUUCAGGAAGAUCUUCUAAAAAAUGCACAAAUAUUCAUAGUUUUCAAAUACAAUAAAUGGCGGGCCGUUUACGAGUAUUUUGUACAGUUAGAUAAUGGUGAUGGUAAAAUGCAGGCAAGCGAGGAAGCUGCGAAUGUUGUCUAUGUCUCGCCAAAACCAUAUACAGCUAAAUGGAUCC